CCUCUCCUCCACCAGCCUCCUCACCCUCAUCCUCAGCACCAUGGGCGGCAAGAAGCUCACCACCAAGACGGUCAAGCGCAAGGGCGCACCCACGCACCCGGGCAGCCGCCGCGCCGCACAGCUGGAGCGCUGCCACCUGCGCGAGACGCGCCUGGCGCAGGGCAAGGGCGUCGCCGGCCGCAAGCGCGGCGCAAAGGUCGACAAGCUGCUCUCCAUCAUCCUCCUCCUCCCCUCGGAGUGGUCCUGCAUCCCCGAUCUUCCCGCCUUCCACUCCUUCCUCCAAUCCUCCUUCCUGCCCCGACACGCUGCCGAGCUCUCCGAGAUCGAGUCUCAACGACGAGCGGGCCGCCCACCAAGCGCGCGCGAAGUGGCGCUGCGUGCGCAGGCAGAGAAGGAGCAGCAGGACUACGAGACGGGCAUGGAGGUGCCAGACCUGCUGAGCGAGGUCAACGUGCGGCUGCUGCGCGAGUGGGAGGGAGAUGAGCGGCAGCUGAGCCUGUUCCGGAUGCGGCGCAUCAGUGGAAAGUUCCAACAGCAGUACGACAUGGUGCAGAAGGGCCAGCACAAGGAGCUGGAGCUGGAGGAUGCACGCAACGCAGCGGGCGCCAGCAGCAGUAGCAGCAAGACUGCCGCAACACCGGCGGCAGCUCCGGCGGCUCCGGACGCCAUGGUCCUCUGAGCCUCUUCCACACGUCCGCAGCUCGUUCUCGACUCUUCAGGGUACAAUGUCACGCUCCUCAUUCCAACAUCAGCACGCGUGGGCCGAGCCGCGUGCUCGUGGUGCGACUGAGGAGAUGGUGAAGGCG